AUGAAGUCUUCUCUCUUUGCCGUCGCGCUGUUCCUGGGUGUCGCAAGGGCGCAGAAUGGCACGGGAACGUUGUUCUGGUUCACACCAGGUGUAGGAGCGUGCGGUUUCAACAAUACUAGCGACCAGUACGUUGCAUCUGUAUCGGCCGCGGUCUUUGACGGAUACCCAGGGGCCACGUCCAAUCCAAAUGACAACCCUAUCUGCCAGCACAACUUGACCGUGUCUUAUAAUGGCACCAAUGUGACAGCGCAGAUCGUCGACUACUGUCCCUCUUGCCCAGACACAAAUGUCGGAUUGUCGCCCAUCGCGUUCGAGGAAUUCGCUAACACUACUCAAGGCAUCGUCUCCGGCGUUUACUGGAUCGUUGACUGA